ACAAUCGCGUUUAAGAUCGCCCUCGAUGUGACUACGUUCACUUAUAUAUACCCUACUUGUUUCUUUAUUUCUUCUUUUUCUUUUUAUCUUCAAAAGAUAAAUGAUGGAACAAUUACAAACAGCGUUAACAGCAAUUAAGGUAUUACGUUCUAGUGUUGGACAAGUGUUUGAUUCUCUUGCAAAUGGAUUACGAGCCGAUCACGGAGAAGAAAAUAAAGAUGCCAAAUAUUUAUUAGAAUUACAAGAAUUAUUGACAACAGUGAACGUGAAUUUAAGAGACGUAGAACAAGCAGUAAACAGUUUAAAUCCACCACCUGGUCCAUUUAAUUUGGCGAGCACGACUUACCUUAGUCAAGAAACCACACAAGAAAGACAAGCACUUUACAGUUCUCUUGUUAAUAGUUAUAAGUGGACAGAUAAAGUUCACGAGUAUAGUAAUGCUGCUCAAACAUUAUUGAACCAGAAUUCAUUAAAGAGGUCUUAUACGAAUACUAGUAGAGCGAAGAGAGGUAGAGUUCAAACUAGUAAUCAUAAUGUACCUCCGCAGCAAGUAGAUUCUAUGAUAGCUACCUUCGAUCGAUUGUUUAAUGAUAUGACAGUAUCUGUAUCUCGACCAUUUGCAUCAAACGCAGUAUUACAUGUUACGUUAGGACAUGUACUAAAGGCAGUAAUAGCAUUUAAAGGUGUAAUGAUUGAAUGGGUUGUUGUAAAAGGUUAUGGCGAAAGAAUGGAUUUAUGGACAGAAUCAAGACAUAAAGUCUUUAGAAAAGUAACAGAAAAUGCUCAUGCUGCAAUGUUACACUUUUAUUCACCAGCACUUCCUGAAUUAGCUGUACGAUCAUUUAUGACUUGGUUUCAUAGUUUAAUCAAUUUAUUCAGCGAACCAUGCAAACGUUGUGGUCUACAUCUACACAGUGCUUUACCUCCAACAUGGAGAGAUUUUCGUACUUUGGAGCCGUAUCAUCAAGAAUGUAAACCAUAGAAAUGCAUGAUCUUUCUGGAAGUAUUUUUAACAAGUUUUAUAAAAAAAAAUAUUUACUAUAACAUUGACUAUAGUAAGAAUAUUUUGAAUAAUUUAUAAAUCUUUAAUUUUUAAUCCAAAUGCUUUAUAAAGAAGCAAAAAGACUUGACUUACUAAUCUUCGUUUUGAAUACAUGUGUCUAUAUUACGUAUCAUUAAAUAAAUAUUAAUGUUUUAAAAGAAA